CCGGGACAGCAUAUAAGGGCGGCGUGGCGCGCGGCCCCAGCGCGAGUGCCACAGCUGAGCGGCGCGGAGAGACAGCGCUCUGCUGGCUAAGGUCUCCAAGAGGCUCGCCAUGGCUGGCUCGCAGCAGCAGCCCCCUUACCUGCACCUGGCCGAGCUGACGGCGUCCCAGUUCCUGGAAAUCUGGAAGCACUUUGAUGCAGACGGAAAUGGGUAUAUAGAAGGUAAAGAGCUAGAAAAUUUUUUCCAAGAACUGGAGAAGGCAAGAAAAGGCUCUGGCAUGCUGUCGAAGAGUGACAACCUUGGGGAGAAGAUGAAGGAGUUCAUGCAGAAGUACGACAAGAACUCGGAUGGGAAGAUUGAGAUGGCGGAGCUGGCGCAGAUCCUACCAACUGAAGAGAACUUCCUUCUGUGCUUCAGGCAGCAUGUGGGCUCCAGUGCAGAGUUCAUGGAGGCUUGGCGGAAGUAUGACACAGACAGAAGUGGCUACAUUGAAGCCAAUGAGCUCAAGGGAUUCCUGUCUGACCUGCUGAAGAAGGCCAACCGGCCAUAUGAUGAGCCCAAGCUCCAGGAAUACACCCAAACCAUACUACGGAUGUUUGACUUAAAUGGGGAUGGCAAAUUGGGCCUCUCAGAGAUGUCUCGACUCUUGCCUGUACAGGAAAACUUCCUGCUUAAAUUUCAGGGCAUGAAGUUGACCUCAGAAGAGUUCAAUGCCAUCUUCACAUUUUAUGACAAGGAUGGAAGUGGCUACAUAGAUGAGAAUGAACUGGAUGCCCUUUUGAAGGAUCUCUAUGAGAAGAACAAGAAGGAAAUGAACAUCCAGCAGCUCACCAACUACAGAAAGAGCGUCAUGUCCUUGGCCGAAGCAGGCAAGCUCUACCGAAAGGACCUGGAGAUUGUGCUGUGCAGCGAGCCCCCCAUGUAAAGGGGGCACAAGGUCUCCUCCACCUCUCCCAAACCCUGCCCCCGCAGCCCUGCCACUUCUCCCCAGAUCCAGAGACCAUGGGUGCCCCUCCCGCCACCCCUGCAACCUGCUCACCAGCCUGCAGAGCUGGAAAGAAGAGAUGGAGGGUGGGCGGCUGAGGGGCCUCCUUCUAGCCCGCCUCUGAGCAGCCCUGACCAGGCACACAGCUCUGCCCGCCGUGGGUCACCAACUGCAUGGGAGGUGGGUGGGGGCGUGGGCGGAGCUUCCCCGUUCUCUUUGCUGCGAUGCAUGAGCUCAUCCGCUGUACAAUUUAGGCUUCGAUGUCCAACAGUGUAGACUCUUCCCUCUCUCUGUCCCCUGCCUCCGCCCCCUGCCACCACCCACCCCAUCUUCCAGCUCCCACCCACCACCUCACUAAUAGUGUAGCUGUCUUCUCAGAGUUCUGUUGUGCAGGGCAUCUGCCCUCUCCUUGCCUUCUGUACUCAGUGUGCUCCUUUUCUCUCUGGGGUUCCUGUCUUCUUGUUUACCAAAGAAGAGUUUACAGACAAUAAAGUGGAAACAUUCUGCUGUG